UCUGUCACCAUGAAGGGGACCUCCUCAAACGCCAUCCUUGUUCUAGCCAUCUCCAUGAGGACCGCCUUUGCAGUUGACUUCCCUCUUCCUAUGGCCUCCGAAGGGGCUCAUCUAGAAGAGACCAAGGUUGAGUGCAUCAAGAAUAUAAAACAAUGCUGGCUUUUAUCCUACAUCAAGCCAAGUGAACCUAUAUGCGGCAGUGACCAGGUUACCUACAGUGGUGAGUGCCAUCUCUGCUCCAAAAUUAUAUAUGAAGGGUUUAACAUAACUAAACUUUAUGAUGGAUCAUGUCCAGCUGCCUGUGCUCUGCCACCAGCGUCCUCAACCAAUCAGCUGGAGCAACUGAGCUCGCUGCCCAUGCAGAUGGACUACAAGCACCAGAAGCUAGCUGAACAAAUGUUUCAGGAGAUUAUUCUUUUUUCUGCAAUAGUUUGGUUUAACUACGGGUACAUGGCUGAACAUUUCAGAUGGACUUCCUACAUAGUUAUGGCCAGAUUUGCUUUUUCAUGUUCGCUGACACUUCCUCCAUGACCCAUCUAUCACUGACUCCCCUCAAGUGGUUAACUGUCCAAGACUGGCACAGAAAACAAGAAACCAGGGGACAGAAAAAUUAAGAGCCAUGCUAAAUAUAAUCAAUGGGGGUUUUCGUCAUUCGGCACCUGCUUUUGUUUCUUAGGGCACAACUUCUUUGCCGAUGUCCCCGCUGGCGGGCACUGCCUCCUGCCAGGCUGCCACCCUGAACAGCUCAUCCCGUCCUCUCUCCGUUCAGCCUCCCGCGUUGUGCUGGGCCAGUACCACAGCCUGGCACACCCUCCCGCCGGAGGGCGCCCGAGCCGUCCUCGCAGGGGCGGUUCCUACAAGCUAAGUUCCACUGCUCAGGACGGCUUCACCCUCUCGUCCGGUCCAGGGCAAAUACUAGAGAAAAAGAAGGAUCAUCGGAAGAUCGGCCCUCCUGCGGCAAGUUAUUCCCGCCCUGGGCCCAGACCAGUGCCGCAGCGCGGCAGCCCGACAAUAGUCACCACACCCAACCUCACUCCGCUUCCUUCUCGGCCCACGGCCUAA